UGAAGUACAACAGCCUUGCAUGAACAUUAUCAGCCACUCACCAUGGCUUUCCUCCCUGAGAACUCCUCUGACUGCUCCAACUGCACCCAUUCUGUGGGGCCUCUGAACGUUUCAAAGGCCAUUUUACUAGGUGUUCUUCUAGGGGGGCUGAUAGUUUUUGGGGUUUUGGGUAAUAUUCUGGUUAUCCUCUCUGUAGCCUGCCACAGACAUCUUCAGAGUGUCACUCACUAUUAUAUAAUUAAUCUGGCUGUAGCUGAUCUCCUCUUGACUUCUACUGUCCUGCCCUUCUCAGCUACUAUGGAGAUCUUGGGCUACUGGGCCUUUGGGAGAAUUUUCUGCAACAUCUGGGCAGCUGUUGAUGUCCUUUGCUGCACUGCUUCCAUUAUGAGCCUCUGUAUCAUCUCGAUAGACAGAUACAUCGGGGUGAGCUACCCACUGAGAUAUCCAAGUAUAGUGACAGAGAAGAGAGGCCUCCUGGCCUUACUGUGUGUUUGGGCAUUGUCUCUGGUGAUAUCGAUUGGACCUCUUUUCGGCUGGAAGGAACCAGCACCAGAAGAUGAGACCAUCUGUCAAAUCACCGAGGAGCCCGGCUACGUGUUGUUCUCUGCUCUAGGCUCCUUCUACCUCCCCCUGACUAUUAUCUUGGUGAUGUAUUGCCGAGUGUAUGUAGUGGCCAAAAGGGAAAACAAAGGUCUGACUUCUGGUCUGAAGACAGAGAAGUCACAUUCUGAAGAAGUGACCCUACGGAUCCAUCGUAAAAAUGCUCCCGAAGCAAGCGGAUCAGCAUCCAACCCCAAGAGCAAGCACCAUUUCUCAGUGCGUCUCCUCAAGUUCUCCAGGGAAAAGAAAGCUGCCAAGACUCUGGGAAUAGUUGUGGGAUGCUUCGUUCUCUGCUGGCUUCCAUUUUUUGUAGUAAUGCCUCUUGGUUCUUUCUUUCCUGCAAUCAAACCCCCGGACACACUUUUUAAAAUAACAUUUUGGCUUGGAUAUUUAAACAGCUGCAUCAACCCCAUAAUCUAUCCAUGCUCAAGUCAAGAGUUUAAGAAAGCGUUCCAAAAUGUCCUAAGAGCACAGUGCCUCCAAAAGAAGCAAGCAGCAAAGAAGCAAUCCCCAAGUUUCAACCUCAACCAUCCAACCAGUCAAAGCAUGGAGAGCAGCAAAGGCGUCGUCCGGAUCCCUGUAGGCUCACAAGAAACCUUCUAUAAGAUUUCCCAGUCAGAUGGGGUAUGUGAAUGGAAGAUAUUCUCCGCUGUGCAAAGCAUGCCUGCAAAAAAUGCAGUUUCUAAAGACUGUAUUGCAGCCAAAGCAAAAAGCAAAGGCUUCCUCCAGGAAUGCUGCUGUGCGGGCACUUCAGGGAACCUUGUCCAUGAAAACUGUAAAGUGCCAACUAUUAAAAUACACACCAUCUCCCUCAGUGAGAACGGGGAGGAUGUUUAAAGGAAUGAAUGUGCCUAGCAGCACAGGCUGGCAAGCACAUGGCUCUGAUAGGGUAUUGCUCUUUUUACUGGGAAGUAGCAGUGGAUGCUACAACAGUUGAAGGAAUCUGGGUGAAACAAAUACCGUAAAACAGAGCCAAAGCUUUUGAGGAGUGAUGUCUUUUUAAGUGCUGGUAGCCUGAACAAUGCCCCUUAAAACAGUGAAUAGCUUCAGUGGAUGGUGAGCACCCUACAGUCUUCCAAGAGACUGGUCUCUGCAAGUCAUUUGCCUGACACUUAAAGGCUUCAUUUUUCAGUUUAUUCCCGUUUCAAAGUUCUUACUGCUCUGAUUUAGGUUCAAUGGGGGGAAAGAGCAAACAAGUCCCUGAAAGGGUACUUUCAGACAGCUCCACAUGUAAAGACAUUUUGUGAUAUUGGCCGCCCAGAAAAAAGCUAAACCUCUAUUCAGCAGCCAGGAGAGCUAAGGUUGGGAGGCUCAGGUAUUGGGACAGUGUUUACAGAUCUCUGCUUACAUUUCAUUAAGGGACUGUGGACAAGCAUAUUC